AUGUCUGUUAAACAGCUGCUCAAGCAGGCUAAGGCAGCCAUUGAAAGAAACGACCCAGAAGAUGCUCUCUACUACGCAGACGAAGCUCUUCAGGAAGACAAAAACAACUACUACGCCCAUAUCUUCAAGGGUAAGUCGUACCAGCUUCUAGGUGAGUUCGACAAGGCGAAAAAGCCAUUCCAGAAAGCUAUCGAGCUCGAUUCAGAGCAGCUUCUAGGCUGGAAAGGGUACUUCCAGAUAGUUAGAUCGCAAAACGACUACGUCCAGUUCUUUGAUGUCUUUACACAAUAUGUCCAGAAACUCGUGGAUCAAGAAGUCAGCACUGGUGAUGCUGUAAAGGAUCUCUUUAACUACUUGCAUGCUAAUAAAUACCACGAGGAUGCUGAAUUACACGAGAAAUACCUUCGUGCGGUGCUUCCAGGUGAACCAUUACGUGAGUUGUUGGGCGACUCGGUGGGUAAACCAGAGGAGACCAUCAAGAAGCUUAUUACGGUGGUUAAGAACGAACAGGAUGAACAGGCAAGAACUGUGCUUGCUAAGGAGAAAUUGAAGUACCCUAGAAAUCUUACAGUCCAGCAAAGGGCUCAAUUACACGCUAUAGAAUGGAACAUACGUCUGGCCUCUGACCUUUCGGAUCUUUAUAGAAGGUUUCUUGACGUGUGUGACGAUGACGAGCUUAGAAGGGCGUACGAGGCUGAUCUUUUGAAGUACCAGUAUAAUCUCCUUAGAGUGGCUCCAGAAAAGAGUGAGCUUGUUGCUGAGGUUAGACAGUUGUCCAGUGAUAUGGUGCUUGUGGGUACUAGUGAUAUUUUCGCAUGGACAUUGUAUUUCGACCUCCAGGAUCCUAAAAAGUUGUCUGACCUUAAUGAGGCUGAGGUGAUCCAGUUCAUCAAGAAGUUUAGAACUGAAGGUUUGGGUGUCUUCUUGUAUGCAUAUGUCAUGAGCGAUAUCGGUCCUUUUGAUAAGGAAAAGGUCCAGAAAGAGUUGGGGCUCAAAGAUGUUUCAAAGGCGGUUGGACCAUCUGAAUCUCAAGAAGGCUUGGAAGAGCUUCAAGAUGAGAAUCUUCAAGAUGAUAACAACGGAUCCACAGGGUCUAUUUCCCCUGGUGAGAUUCUUGAUAUGAUGCUUGAGGGAUACUCCAAGGCUACCAAUUCCAUGAUGGCUCAUCGUAUUACUUGCAGUUACUUUAUUACCCUUCAAGAAUACGACGCCGGCUCCGAAAAGUGUACUACUGCUAUUCGUCACCUUGCAGAACUCCAACGAACAUACGGCAUUGACCUUGCUAACUGUAAGAGAGAUAUCUUGUGCCUGCUUGCUACCAUUUACACAUACCACGAAGCGCCAAAGAAUUUUGCUAGAGCUUUGGAUCUUUACGAUAAGAUUCUUGCUGGUGAUCCAGACAACACUCAAGCUAUGGUCGGAAAGGGUCUUAUUUUGUUGGAGAAGAUGGAGCUUGAUAGUGCAAAUGAAGCUCUCACUAUUGUUCUUAACAAGUUUCCAAAUGAUACUACUGCGCUUAAGGAACUUGGAUGGUGUCUUAUAUUACAAAAGAAGUACGAUGAAGGUAGGAAACACCUCCAGCAAGCUCUCGACGGGUUAAAGGACCUCUCCGUUCAAAGCUCUGAGACUAGAGCCUCCAUCAAGUGGCGUCUUGCGAAGAGUUACCUUUGGGAAGACGACUCUGACCAAACCAACGUCCAGACCGCUUAUGACCUUUCCAUCAGCUCCUUGAAGGAUUCAAAGACCCAUGCUCCUUCAUACACUUUGCUUGGUGUGUUAUAUCACCAGCACUUAAACGAGAAGCAGCGUGCUCAGAAGUGUUUCUACAAGGCUUUCGAGCUUGAUGUUGCUGAAAUCACUGCUGCAAAGUAUCUUGUCACUGAGCUUGCUGAGAAGAACGAGUGGGAAGUCAGCGAUAUCUUGUGUAAGCGUGUUGUGACAUCCGAAAAGAGUCGUCGUAUCUUGUUCAGUCAGCUUUAUGAAGAUCUGGAUAAGUCAUGGCCAUAUAGAGUGCUUGGCUGUUCUGCUCUUAAUAGACAAGAUGAUGCCAAAGCAAUUGAGUGGUUCCAGACAGCUCUUCGUAUGAAGGCAAUGGAUGUACAGUGCUGGAUCGGUCUUGGAGAAGCCUACUAUAACUGUGGACGUAUUGAUGCAGCCAUCAAGGUUUUCAAGCGUACCAGUAAAAUGGACCCAGAUUCGUGGAUGCUUAAAUACUUGUUGGGUGUUGCGACUUGUGAAAUCGGUGACUACAGUAUUGGUCUUGAAAUUUUGAACGAAGCUCUUGAAGCUAGACCUGAAGAGGAAUGCUUGCUUAACGCAGUUUACGAGCAAUCUAUUGGCUACAGUGCUCAGCUCUUGCUUGGAGGCUUCACUGGUAGAACUUUGAAUGCUUCUGACACUGCAUUAGAUGCGAUUGCAAAGGCUGUGGUGGUGAACAAGUCGUCUCAGAAUUUGUGGAGGUCUCUUAACAGCUGUCUUAAAGUCAGACUCAAUGUUCAAUGUGACAUUGAGAAGUUCCCAAUCGACACAGUUGUGUGUAUUUUGAAGCAUGUUGAUGUUCCUACCGAUGGACUUGUGUCUCUCGAGGCAGCCCAGUCGCUCUUCAAGGAAGUCAAGUACGUUGAAGCCAUUGGUAUGCUUAACAUUCUUGUUGCCAAAAGUGCCCUUGCUGUGCUUCCUGGUAAGGCCAAUAAGUAUGAGCGUUCUAUUGCCCACUUUAACUUGGGUGUGGCUUACUUGGAAGCCUUCAACUGUUCCGAUGAACGGGAUGAUAAGUUCCGUGAUGAAGCUGUGCUUGCUAUUAAAGAAGCUAUAAAGCUUGAAGGCAGCAACGCUCAAUUCUGGUUGGGUUUGGGUAACACCUAUGUUUCGAAGAACCCAGAGAUUGCCCAGCACUGUUACAUCAAGGCAUCUGUUCUCGAUAACAAGGACCCUCAAGUCUGGACCAACUUGGCUGCCUUAUAUUUGCGUUAUGGAGACUCUAACCUCGCUCAAGAAGCAUUUGACCGUGCUACAUCUGUGGCGCCAGAGCAAUCCCAGUCAUGGUUAGGUAAUGCUUUGACAGCUGAGGCCCGUGACGAAACUCAGGUGGCAUCUAGACUCUUUACCCAUGCCUACAUCAUUUCCAACGGAAGAUUGCCUUUGGCCCAGCUUUGUUAUGCCAUGUCCAUUGUGAAUGCUAGAAUUGGAUCUGCUAACGAUUCUAGAGAUGUUGAAGCAGCUCAGGAGUUCAGUAUCGCCAACUUUGCUGUUCAAGCAUUCCUUAAGUUCCACCCUAACGACGAGGUCGGCUUGAAGUUGGCGCUUCUUCUCAGUGAGCGUUGUCACACGUAUAAAUUAGCCAUUGAAGCUGGUAAGAGGCUAUGUGAUAUUUUGGAGAGAAAGUAUGAGAACUCCGAGAGUGAGAGGGUUCUUGUUGAGUAUGGUAAGGCGAAGACACAGUUGGCGAGAAUCUACUUGGGAUUGGCCGAGUACGGAGAGGCCAUUGAUAACGCCCAGGUGACAUUGGAUAUUUUGGCAGAGGAAGAGGAGACCCAAGACAUCAAGGAAGCCAAGUUAUCUUCCAGAAUUGUGAUUGGUUUAUCGUUCUUCUUCAAUGGUCAGUUCGACGAGGCAAUGGAAGAGCUCAAGAUUGUUCUUGAAACACACGGUCAAUCGCAGAGAAUGGUAACGUUAAUUGCCCAGGUGCUUAAUGCCUACGGUACUCCAGAAACCAAGCAAGCAGCGUUGGACCAGCUCUUUGCGUUCAUUGAAGAAAACGGGUCCUCCCUUCUCGUGGUGCUUACCCUCGGAGCCAUUUCCGUCGUCGACAAGCUCGAGGACUACUACGAGCCUAUCAAAGAAGAGCUUGUGAGCUUGUCACUCGAGGAAUUAAUCGCCGACUCGUUCCGCAUGGUGCCCCAGCUUUUGGCAGAAGUCGAACUGACGCAAGCACGGAAAACCGGGGUGUGGCAGAAGUUUGCCAUGCUUUUCCCCAGCGACUUCAAUGUGUGGAAGAACUUGAGUCGUACGAUGGCGAUGGAAACGGCGCUUUUACCUACGUCCAAAAGACCAGCCUACGACUUAUCCAAUGCCUAUGUUGAGAAAGGGUCCAGAAGAGAAAUCCAAAGAGCAUUGCUUCUUUGUGUGGAUAACGAAAGAGCCAGACAGGCACUUAAGUAG